AUGAAGUUCGGCGAGCAGCUCCGUUCGAGCAUUAUUCGCGAGUACCAGUGGUACUACAUCGACUACGAUGCCCUCAAGGCCGACCUCAAAACAGCCACCGGCCCCGUCAUCUCGACCGACAAUGGCAAAGGCAAGGGCAUCAAGCGCGAGUGGUCCGAGGAGGAUGAGGGUCGCUUUGUGAAGAAGCUCGAGGCCGAGCUUGACAAGGUGCACACCAAGCAGCAGGUGAAGGCCAUGGAGAUUUCGAGGCGCAUCGCCGUGAGCGAGCGCGAGGUUAGAGGCGUCGUCAAUCGUCUCAUCGAGCGCGGCCCUCGCGAGGAUGGCCCCAGCGAAGAGGAGUUCAUGCUCUUGGAGGAGGACUUGAGCGACAUUAUUGCCGAUGUGCAUGAUCUUGCCAAGUUUGUCCAGCUCAACUAUACUGGGUUUUAUAAGAUUAUCAAGAAGCACGACAAAAUGACUGGCUGGCACCUCAAGCCCGUUUUCGACACCCGACUGAAGGCGAAGCCUUUCUACAAGGAGAACUACGAUGCCUCCGUAGUGAAGCUGUCGAAGCUGUACGACUUGGUGAGGACGAGAGGAAACCCGGUCAAGGGUGACAGCGCCGCUGGUGGCUCUCAGGGAAGCUUCGUUCGUAACACGACGAAAUACUGGGUCCACCCCGACAACGUGACCGAGUUGAAGCUCAUCAUCCUGAAGCACUUGCCCGUCCUGGUUUUCAACGCCAGCAAGGAAUUCGAGACGCAGGACUCGGCAAUUACAUCCAUUUACUACGACAACCCGAGUGCCUGGGACCUGUACGAGGGCCGUCUGAAAAAGACGGAGGGAGCCGAGGCUAUCCGUUUGAGAUGGUACGGUGGGAUGCAGAGCGAGAACAUCUUUGUUGAGCGCAAGACCCAUCGUGAGGACUGGACAGGAGAGAAAUCCGUCAAGGCGCGUUUCUCUCUUAAGGAGAAGAACGUCAACUCGUACAUGCGAGGUGAGCUUCUGCCGGCAGCUCUCUUCGAGAAGGCGCGCAAGGAGGGCAAGAAGCCUGAGAAGCAGAUUGCCGAGGACGAGAGGCUCGCUGCGGAAGUCCAAUACUCUGUUCUCAAGAAGGGUUACAAGCCCGUGUGCCGAUCCUUCUACAACCGCACAGCCUUCCAGCUCCCCGCCGAUGCUCGUGUCCGUAUCUCUCUGGACACUGAACUCACCAUGGUUCGGGAAGACAACCUCGACGGCGUCAAUCGCUCCGGCGACAACUGGAGGCGCAUGGAUAUUGGUAUUGAUUACCCCUUCUCGCAGCUUCCGCCAAGCGACAUUGUGCGCUUCCCGUAUGCGGUCCUCGAAGUCAAGCUGCAGACGCAGCUUGGUCAGGAGCCUCCGGAAUGGGUGCGUCAGCUGAUCUCCAGCCAUCUUGUGGAGGCCGUGCCCAAGUUUUCCAAGUUCAUCCAUGGAGUUGCUUGCCUAUUCCCUGAUCGCAUCAAUCUGCUUCCCUUCUGGAUGCCGCAGAUGGAUGUCGAUAUCAGAAAGCCGGCUACACACGACUUUGGUAUCCACAGACCAAACCAGUCGGCGACGGCUACAACAUCAGAUGACGAGGAUGAUGACCUUGACUCUGAUGACGAGGAGGGAGCUUUGAUACUCAGCAACAACGGUACCACGAACGGAGAGUCCAGUCGCCAAGGAGCUGCGAGGAAUGGUGCGGCCGAUAUCGAAGACCAAACGACCGAUGCCCUCGAAGGCGAAGACUUCUUGUACGACUCGGACGAGGAGUACGAUGCGGACGAAGUUCUGGAGGAGGCGCGCAGAGUUGGCGGCUGGACUUACUAUUCGGCUUUGGCAUCAACGAAGGCCCGCGCUUUCGGGCAGGGUGCUGUCGAUGUGUUGAAAUGGGCUGUGCCCCAUCCCCGUGGCUCAGUGAUUCCUAGGCGAGAGGCAACCACGCAGCUUUUCGGCACCGGCCCUGUUCAGACUAAGAGGUUCAAGGCGCCCAAGGGCAAGAAAAUUUACGUCCCCGUCCGCGUUGAGCCCAAGGUCUACUUCGCAGCUGAAAGGACCUUCCUAGGCUGGCUCGAAUUCUCAAUCUACGUCGGCACUGUCGCCGUCACGCUGCUCAACUUCGGCUCCAAGCCUACCAGUGCCUCGUUCAUCGUGGCCGGAGUCUUCACUUUGCUGGCCAUUCUGUCGCUCUGCUACUCUGUCGCAAUCUACCUGUACAGAAGCCAGGCAAUCCGUACCAGGAGAGCGGCCAAAUUCUACGACCGCUGGGGUCCCAGCGCGCUUUGCGGUGCGUUGUUCAUCGCCGUGGUACUCAACUUUGCUUUUGAGGGUAGAGAACGUCAGUACUGGUGA